UAACCCUGAACUUGUGCCUUCUCUCCACAGACAGUAACUUUGUGCUGGGAAACGCGCAGGUGCAGAGUCUGUACCCCAUCGUCUACUGCUCCGACGGCUUCUGUGAGCUGACCGGCUUUGCUCGCGGGGAGUUGAUGCAGAAAAGUUGUAUGUGUCACUUCCUCUACGGCAGUGAGACCAGUGAAAACCUGACCACUCAGAUGCAAAAGGCACUGGACGAACGCAAAGAGUUCAAGACCGAGAUCAUACUGUACAAAAAGAGCGGUUGUAAAUUCUGGUGCCUACUCGACAUCGUUCCCAUAAAAAACGAGAAGAGCGAUGUGGUCCUUUUCCUGGUUUCACACAAAGAUAUCACCGAAAAUAAAAACAUCGACCACGCCAAUGAGUCCGAGACCGAUGAGGAGACAGGUCUUCAGAUCCACCGCGUCACUCGUCCUUCGGGUUUCAGCGCAGAGAGACGCCGCAGUCGGGCUGUUCUGUACCAGCUCUCAGGUCACCUCCAGAAACAGGAUAAGACCAAGAGUAAACUCAAGAUCAACAAUAGCGUCCUCACCGCGAAUGCUAACCCCAUCCCGGAGUACAAGGUCGCAGACAUACAGAAGUCCCGGUUCAUUCUUUUACAUUAUGGUGCGUUCAAGGCCGGCUGGGACUGGCUCAUACUCCUGGCCACUUUCUACGUUGCCAUAACUGUCCCUUACAACGUCUGCUUCACUGCCGUCGAGAUCCGGGAAGACGGAGUCGCUUCAGCUCGAAAUCCCCCCACAGUCAGUGACAUCCUGGUGGAGAUUCUCUUUAUUAUUGAUAUAGUCCUGAAUUUUCGGACUACUUUUGUGAGUACGUCUGGACAGGUGGUGUACGACGCCCGCUCAAUCUGUAUCCACUACGUCACUUCCUGGUUGUUCGUCGACCUCAUCGCUGCCUUGCCCUUUGAUCUUCUCUACGCCUUCAACAUCAGUGUGAAUUUCGGGGUGCAUUUGUUGAAAACCGUGCGUCUCUUGCGUUUGCUCCGGCUGCUGCAGAAGUUGGACCGUUACUCCCAGUACAGCGCCGUGGUCCUGACUCUGCUCAUGUCCACAUUUGCCCUCCUCGCUCAUUGGAUGGCUUGUGUCUGGUACUUCAUCGGACGCAGCGAGAUCGAGAGCAACAGCGCCUCCUCCUGGGACAUAGGAUGGCUACAUGAGUUGGCGAAACGGUUGGGAACGCCAUACUUCCUGACCCCGCUCACCUCCCUGCUCGGAAUAUCAGACCCAGAGCCCACCCUGUCCGCCGCAGUGUCCAACAGCAGCCAGUGGAACUCUUCGGGCCUGUCUCCUCCGGUCCGUACCCGCGUUCGGCCUCUCGGUUCUGGGAUGACUCUGAGCGGGGGUCCCUCUGUGCGGAGCUCCUAUGUCACUUCCCUGUACUUCGCUCUGAGCAGUCUCACCAGCGUCGGAUUCGGGAAUGUCUCAGCCAAUACGGAUUCGGAGAAGAUAUUUUCCAUAUGCACCAUGUUAAUAGGAGCCCUGAUGCACGCGGUGGUGUUUGGGAAUGUGACAGCGAUCAUCCAGAGGAUGUAUUCCCGGCGUUCCCUGUACCACACCAGGACCAAGGACCUGAAGGACUUUAUCCGAGUUCACCGUCUGCCCACAGCUCUGGAGCAGCGUGUCAUGGAGUGUUUCCAGACCACAUGGGCCGUCAACAACGGCAUCGACGUCAGCGAGUUGCUGAAAGAUUUCCCGGACGAGCUGAGGGCCGACAUCGCCAUGCAUUUGAACAAGGAGCUCCUGCAGUUGCCGCUGUUCGAGUCGGCCAGUAGGGGGUGCCUGCGCUCACUGUCCCUCAUCAUAAAGACGUCAUUCUGUGCACCCGGAGAGUUCCUGAUCCGACAGGGAGACGCGCUGCAGGCCAUUUACUUCGUCUGCUCCGGAUCCAUGGAAGUGCUCAAGGACAACACUGUACUGGCCAUCCUCGGUCGUGGUGAUCUGAUAGGCUCGGACUGUCUGACCCAGGAGGAGGUGAUAAAGACAAACGCAUGUGUGAAGGCUCUGACCUACUGUGACCUGCAGUACAUCAGUCUGAGGGGACUCGCCGAGGUACUCACGCUUUACCCCGACUACGCCCAGAGGUUCGUGAAUGAAAUCAGGCACGACCUCACCUACAACCUACGGCAAGGACGCAACUGUCAGGACGAUUUCGAAAGCAACGGGGGCAUCGCCAAAAAGCUUGCGUCGAUCAAAGAGGACGAGGAGGGCUCCAGCUCCGAGGGAUCUCCCAGAAUGCCUUUGGGCAGGAUGUCACACGGUCUCCGCUCCCCCCUGCGCUCGCCCCUCCUCUCCCCGAGACCCUUCAGACCCCCCAGCGACCAUAGCCCACGACCGAUCACUCUGCAAAUCCCUGUGGUCAGCCUCUCCUGCCCCCAGCCACAGCUCAGUCCAAGGUUUGUGGAUGGAGGUGAAACCCAAAGCUCAUCGAGGUUUGAUUUUUCUCCGAGUACGAGCCACAGUUAUCCUGCCAGUCCCGACACUUCACCGGUGGAUCCUGAGGCAGCGGACACCAUGCGAACGAUAUCAAAACUCAAACAUGAGAUGAGCGCAUUGUCGCGUCAAGUGACCAGCGUCAGCCAGGACCUACAGGAAGUGACACGCCUCCUCAAGCCCCUCCUCCUGAAUCCUUCUAUAGCACUGACCACGCCCAUCACCAACAUAACCCCACCCCCGAGCCACCAAUCGUCUCACAGCGUGUCCCCCGCUCCUUACUUCCUGUCUCCUCACGCGGCUACGGACUCAACAGAGGGACAAACUUCGACGUGUUUAAUGCAAAAUUCCAAUCUACAAAACCCAAACGAUUUCCUUGCUUCUCCAACCAGGAAGUUAACGCAUUCCUCGGCACCGUCAUCGCUAACUAGCUCACCCAAUGAACGCAAUGUGCAAAAGUCACACUCCUCUUCAAACCCAACUUUAUCGACACCGCUGCUGAUCGAUCUGGACGCUACCGAUACCCAAGCCAUUUCCUGGUCCAGUUUGAGAUCGACUCAUCCGGAUCCAUUUUUAAACGCACAGGACAGUCCCACUACACAAUUCAGCUUAAUCGACGAAGGGAGACCAGUAAUGUGACCAAAACGUUUCAACAAUUUGUGAAAAAAGAGCCGAGCAUGCACAUGAUUAUACAUUUACUGCAUGCGUAACAACCUGUAUUAUAGCUUGUAUUAUUUCAGAUUCUAGACGAU